CCCCUUUUCUUGUUUACGGUUAGUUGGUAUGAUGAAAACUCAAUUGUCUUCGUUUUUUACAUUAAUGUUUUAUUAUUAUUAUUAUUGUUUUUUCAAAUCUUAGAGACAAUUUGAGAGAGACCCAAAAUCAUGGUUAGCAACAACGUUGUUAAUAAGAAGCAAUUUUCAGUGAUUUUUGUAAAAUUUUCUGUAUGUUUUCUGUUGAUGGGUCUUGCUUAUCGUAUCUUCAGCUCCAGCUCUCAGCAAUUUUCUCCUCUUGAGGUUUCUGACAGGGGUUUUCUACCGGAAAAUACAUUGCCGGCGCCGGAAUCCGGUAACCUUACGGUGAAGGUGAUGGACCCAAGUUCACAAAAUGGAAAAUGUGACUUAUAUAUAGGAGAUUGGGUACCAGAUCCCACUGGUCCAUUUUACACUAAUCACACUUGCUAUUCCAUUGAAGCUCACCAAAAUUGUAUGAGAAAUGGGAGGUCUGAUACUGGAUAUCUUUACUGGAGAUGGAAACCAAGAGAUUGUGAGCUAUCUAAGUUCAAUCCCAAGAGGUUUCUUGAUAUGACGCGACACAAAUCAUUAGCCUUCAUUGGUGAUUCAAUUAUGCGCAAUCAUGUGCAGUCAUUGCUCUGCAUUCUCUCUCAGGAGGAAAAAGGUGUCGAGGUUUACCAUGACAAGCAAUACAAAAGCAGAAGAUGGUAUUUUCCAAAUCAUGACUUAACUCUUUCAGUAGUCUGGUCACCUUUUCUUGUAAAAGCCACUAUUUUCGAAGAUGACAACGGAGUUUCAACAGAUAUAAUCAAGCUCCAUCUCGACAAACUUGAUGAUGUUUGGACUCGUCAAUUUGACAAUUUUGAUUAUGUAGUUAUUGCUGGUGGGAAAUGGUACUUGAAAACUGCAGUUUACUAUGAGAACAAUAAGAUUGUUGGUUGCCACAACUGUGCUGGUAAGAACAUAACUGAGGUGGGAUUUGAAUAUGCAUAUCGUAAAGCACUGAACUCGACUCUGAAACAUAUCACAAGAUCGAAGCAUAAGGUGUAUACUUUCUUUAGGACCACUACACCGGAUCAUUUCGAGAAUGGUGAAUGGAACACGGGAGGUUAUUGUAACAGAACAGGACCCUUCAAAGAAGGUGAGAUUGACAUGAGAGACAUCGAUGAGGUAAUGCGUAAAAUUGAGUUGGAUGAAUUUGAUAGAGCAUUGAGAAUAAGUUCAGAAGUUGGGUUGACAGUAAAAUUGUUCGACACUACCUUCCUUUCAUUGCUUCGGCCAGACGGUCACCCAGGAGUCUACAGACAAUUCCAGCCAUUUGCUGGAGGAAACACACACACAAAAGUUCAAAAUGAUUGUCUACAUUGGUGCUUGCCUGGUCCAAUAGACACUUGGAAUGAUUUAAUGAUGGAAACUUUGGUCAGCAGUUCAAAAUGAUUGUCUACAUGCGUUAUUUUCUUACCUCAUAGAAUUGUUCCCCUGCAACAUUUUUACUAGGAUGAAGAGCACAGGAUAAAAAAAUGAGAUGGUCCAUAAUCAGUUUUGUUCCAUGUAAAUAUUGACAGCCCCCUACCGGGCACGAGUUGCCUUGAUAUCCUCUUUGGCCCGGACACCACGGUUAUCAAAUAUAUAUAUAUAUUGAUGGCCCCCUAUAGCUGCACAUAAAUUAGAGUUGGCUCAAUAAAUCAUCUCUACUUCAUGUAUAACAUUCCCCACUUCCCUUAGAGAUUUUGAAAUAUAUUGUAAACUAUAAGGUUCCUUUUCUGUUUCAGGGUUCAUGAAAAAAGAAAAUAUAAUAUAUGUGAUCAU